AGUCCUCUUUAGGAUUCCAUCACUCAGAGCAACGGUUUUUGAGUUGCCUAGGAAACGCAGCGCAAUGUUCUCUGCAUCUCCUUUGUCCCUCCAUUGCUCAUCCCGCUUGCUCUUUCUCUCUCACUCGCUCACUCCAUUCUGUCUUUAUUGCUGGUCGAUUUCCUCUCUGUGUUGCUAGGGUGAUGCCGAGGGACAUUCAGCAGGAUCAUUCUGCAGCUACUGUGCCUAAGUGAAGGGUGACUCUUGCAGUCAGUCUUCUCUCCUGCACGUUAAACAUACAGCCUUUAAUCUCAACAGUUGCUCUUCUGAAGGAUUGUCAGAUUUUUAUUGGCUGUUGGAUGACCGUCAAGGAAGUUUUAAUGAAGUUCUGCAGAAUAGCAGUGAUCCUUGCUGUGCCAGGCAUCAGUGGCUACAUGUCACAAAGGGACUGAGGGACUGAAUUCCAGGACGCAACUCUUUCAAGCAACUUCAUCACAACCUUGUCUUCUCCUCCACCAGAGUGUCAUGGAGGGAGAGGAGGUUGAGGAGUUACAGGUGUUAGAUGUGGAGAAGAAGGAUCCCCAAGCAGGAGUGGAGAUGGACUAUGACAAAGAGUUGGACAAUGAGUUGAAACAGACUCUCAUUGAGGAGGUACAAAAAGAUGUGCAGGCGGGAGAGGAAGUUCAGGAGCAGACAGAGGGGAUGCAGGCUGCAGAGGUUCCUCCAGAAGAGGCUCACACUCAGGAGAUGUCACAGACUGAGGAGGUGCAGCAGGAUGGGCAUCCAACGGAAGACCUCCAACCGCAGGCAGAGAUAGAACAAGACUUUGUGGAACCCUUGGAUCAGAACUACAACAACCAGGUCCUGCUUCGGUUGAAAGGAAUGCAGAAGUACAAAAAUACAUCACAAAGGCUGAAGAGAGUCCUCGAUCAAAUGGACCAUGGUGUUGUGGACUUACAAGAACUGCGCAGGAAUCUGCAGCUAGCUGUUGAUAUGUUGGAUGCAGUUUACACAGAUGAGACAAGACGACUACUCGACACAGAGGACGAGCUCAGUGACCUUCAAGUAGAGUCAGUCCCAAGCGAGGUACGUGACUGGCUGGCCUGUACGUUCAGCCGCAAGAUGGGUGUGUCCAAACGGCGCCCAGAGGAGAAGCCUAGAUUCCGCAGCAUUGUCCAUGCUGUUCAAGCCGGGAUUUUUGUGGAGAGGAUGUACAGAAGGACCUCUAACAUGGCUGGCCUCACGUUCCCUCCCACUGCCCUGACGGCUCUCAAGGCUGUGGAUCAAUGGUCGUUUGAUGUCUUCUCUUUUCACGAGGCUACAGGGGAACAUGCCUUGAAGUUUCUGGUCUAUGACCUUCUGACACGAUAUGAUUUAGUCAACAGGUUCAGGAUCCCAGUCCAGGCUCUGGUUCAGUUUGUAGAGGCCCUGGAGAAUGGCUACAGCAAGCACAAGAACCCCUACCACAACCUGAUCCACGCUGCUGAUGUCACUCAGACUGCACACUUUCUGAUGCUUCACACUGGACUCAUGCACUGGCUCAGUGAGUUGGAGAUUCUUGCGAUGGUCUUUGCUGCAGCAAUCCAUGAUUUCGAACACACUGGAACCACCAACAGCUUCCACAUUCACACCAGGUCUGAUGUGGCAAUUUUGUACAAUGACAAGUCAGUGCUGGAGAACCAUCAUGUCAGUGCAGCCUAUAAGCUCAUGGCUGAGGAGGAGAUGAACAUUCUGAUCAACUUGAACAAGGAUGACUGGAGGGAGCUGAGGACUCUUGUGAUUGAGAUGGUGAUGUCCACAGACAUGUCCUGCCACUUCCAACAGAUUAAGACCAUGAGAAACACUCUUGCACAGAGAGAUGGCAUGGACAAAGUGAAAGUUCUGUCUCUGAUGCUGCAUGCUGCUGACAUCAGUCACCCCGCCAAAGGAUGGCCGCUGCACUAUCACUGGACACACAGUCUGAUGGAGGAGUUCUUCAGACAGGGUGAUAAAGAAGUAGAACUCGGCCUUCCUUUUUCUCCACUGUGUGAUCGUAAAGCUACAAUGAUUGCCCAGUCACAAAUUGGGUUCAUCGACUUCAUUGUGGAGCCUACGUUUGCUGUUCUGAUUGACACCACAGAAAAGGUGAUUGGUCCUUUGAUUGAAGAAGAAUGGAAGGCUAGGGAAACCGGGUACAGAAGGUCCAGUCUUACAGGAAGCGGCACUGUUACUGUGGAGUCAGUGCAGAGGCAUAGCAGUGGGCGCCAUGGAUUAGGCGAUGAUGGACAGAUGGACUUCUCACUGACAGCUAUUGACCUUCCAGCCCUGAAAAGGCACCUGUCCAGUGUCAUCUCCUCCAACAAGGAGCGCUGGAAGGAGUUGUCUGUGCAUGAAUUGGCAAACAAGAUUCAAGAAAACAAACAAGUGGAGAUCAACCCCAAAAGCAAGUCAUGCACAGCUGAUGAUGGAGAGACAGCUGAUCAAUCACAAAGCAUUAAUGAAGAAACAAAUGAGCAUCCAGCUGAGCAUCUGACUUGGAAUGGAACAGGACCCGGGGAGGAAGACGCGGGGAAGCAGAAUGAAGAUGUCUGAUGUUCGUCAACAGUAUGCUGACCAUAUUUAAGAGAAAAAAAUGCUGCAGCAGUUCUGUUUACAGGAUAGCUGACUCAGCAUCCCUUUGGUGGCUCUCUAAGGGCCACUACACCUCAUGUUUACCAUUGAGUCUGGAAAAAGGUCUCAGUUCAUUGCCGUCUAGCAGCUUAACGGUCCAUUUGCAGUGAUGAUUCAGUCUAGAAGUGCUCGUGAUUUUAUUAGACCCGGAGGAUCUGGGCGGACUCACGUCUCAGGGCUUCUGAAGGCGUGAGUUCGAACUGUCCAUGAAGACACUGUGAAUGGACAGAAUGUUCUUUUGUGAGUCAGAGGUCGACUUUCAUUUCAGAGGAAAACAUACUUGGUUCAGUGCUUGUAUCGUGUUAGUGUCAUAUUGGAUGAACACUGUACAUUUUGGUUUUGCAGAUAGCGGAAUGUGGUUUUAGCUGGUUUCUGACCCGUGUUUAUUUACAGCCGUGCUGUCCUGACCACACUGUCUUCAAAAGAUUCUGCCUUGAACAACAACAUUCCGAAAAAACUGUAGAUGCUUCUCGAGUCUUGGAUUCAUGUACAUCUACAUGUUAUAAAACAGUGUAAACAAUACGUGAUACUUGAUGAGAUGAUCUGAUUGUGACAAAAUAAAAUA